UUUUGGUUUCAGUUGCUGUCAUGCAGCUUGGUUGACCUGAAGGUUUGCUGUGCUGCUCGGGGAAAGUGUUGUUUUAUGGCAUUUCUGGUUUUGUUUUGUAAGGUUCGUGUAAGCUGAAGUCAUUUCUGUUUUGAAAAACAGACCAAAAGCAGUUUCCUUUGCAGUGAAAGCCAUGAUCACACUGGGUUUACAGGGACUCAGGUGUCUGAUGUCCAGCCCGUUUAUUCUCAGUAGGUUUUAUUCCAGCAGAAGCUCCUGGUACAGAACAUAUGCACACCUGUUGAACAGGGGAACUUGCACUCCACUGAAUGAAGUCCUCACAUCCAGAAGUCCUGUAUUUCUCAGUGUGAAGAGGACACUGUCUUCUGUCCCUCCGACACCUUCAUCUGGAGGCAACAAAUCGACAGAAAAGAAGACCGGUCCAGUCACAUGGAAAUCUCUCGCGGUCACAUUUGCCUUGGGUGGGACUCUUCUUCUGGGCAUGAAAUACUUUAAAAAAGAGAAAGAAGAAAAGUUGGAGAGAGAGAGAACAAAGUCUUUAGGGAAACCAAGCCUUGGAGGCCCUUUCUCUCUGAUCGAUCACAAUAGUAAACCUACAAAAAGUGAAGAUUAUUUCGGCCAGUGGGUGCUGAUCUAUUUCGGAUUCACACACUGUCCAGAUAUCUGUCCUGAUGAACUUGAGAAAAUGAUUGCAGUCGUGGAUGAAAUUGACAGGAUAAAGACACUCCCGGAUUUGACACCAAUUUUGAUCACAAUCGAUCCAGAAAGAGAUACACCCGAAGCCUUGGCACCAUAUGUCAAAGAGUUUUCCCCGAAGCUGAUAGGCAUGACAGGAACAACGGCACAAAUCGAGCAGGUCUCCAGAGCUUACAGAGUGUACUACAGUCAGGGUCCAAAAGAUGAAGACAACGACUACAUUGUCGAUCAUACCAUCAUUAUGUACCUGGUGGGUCCUGAUGGAAAGUUUGUGGACUAUUACGGCCAGAACAAGAAAUCAGCCGAGAUCUCCUCUUCCAUUGCGUCACACAUGAGGAAGCACAGACAGGCCAAGUAGUGAAGGAUGGGAAGGCAAAUUUACCAAAACGGACUCCCUUUCUCCUUUUUUUCUUGCUCCAGAGACUUAUAAUUGUGAAUAUUCAUAAUUUCGUUUACAAAAUUCAUAAUUGUGAAUAUUCAUAACUUUUAGAUCAACUUCUGUAUAGAAUAUUGUUUCCACUGAACAUUUAUCCAUAUGAGAAGAGUCUUAAAUAAAUACAUUCUCUGUUA